AUGUCAACCCAACCCGAUGCCCAUAUCCAUUACGGCAUAUGGAUUAACUGGGAUCACAGUGCCAUUGUCGGCUCAACCAUAACCCUUUCCUCCCGUUCCGGCAAUCUCCUUACUGCAUUUCUUGCCAUCUUUGUGGGCCUGACUGGUACAGCAGCAUGGAAGAUUCUCGCAUUCAGUGCUCAUCAACUACGCAGCACUCAAAGUCCUUCUGACGGGCUGCAUCAUCAGCAGCAGGUCAUUCUCAGGAAUACUGGUGCCCCUAUCGCCGCAGCAUGGCAAUUCGUCCAACUGACAUAUUUCUGGCGGCGACUUGCAAAGCAGUCCUCCUGGAGGUCUAUACCUCUCCCACUUCUAGCCCUUACAAAUGUAAUGGGAUUCGCUGUGGCGAGUAUCCUCUCUUCAGAGGUCACUAGAGCUGCUGGAAACGAGGUCUUGAUUAGGAGCGGGAAUUGCGGGAAUUGGACCCUAGAAAGUGAUACUCCGAACCUUGUUUUUAACGUAUAUAAAAAAACCCUGAAUGAUACCAUAACCGCUGCGACAUAUGCCCGAGCCUGCUAUGGGAUCGAAUCAAAUACCCCGCUGUGUGGCCGGUACAAGAAGCAGCAAAUCUCCUACACCGUGAACCAGAACGAGACAUGUCCCUUUAAGUCUGGCCUAUGCCUUAAAUCAACGCCCGCGCUAUCCAUGGAUACCGGCAAUAUCUCAUCGCAUUAUCAUCUCGGUAUCAACACCAGAAAAAAGGACAGAAUCGUAUUUCGCAGAAAGACUACUUGCGCCCCUAUUGCAUCGAAAGGCUACAUAACCUCUUUCAACUAUACAGACGCAACCAAGAUGGUAAAAGAGCUAGGUGGUCGGUUUCUUGGCCAUUCCGGGGAUAUCAUUGAUUUUUACAACUUCGGACGAACUGGUGAAAAUAAUUUCACGUAUUCUUACAACAGAUAUGUCGCCGCGCUCAAUUUUGGCUAUGGCUUGCGGUCGUUCUUGUAUCCUGGUGCCUGGAGACCCGUUGAUGCCAUCUCUCGGGACGAUGCUGAUGUAACCAUCAUAUUUGUAUCGUCCAACGCCAUCAACUAUCUCGAGCCUGUGUAUGAUCCAGUCUUCUUGGCAACUUACCCCGGAGACCCAAUCAGGUCCGGAAGUAAGAAUGCAUCCACUUACUAUGCUAACUACUAUGUCAAUCCUAUGGCCUGCAUCGACCAGCAUCAAAUCUGCAACCCUAACAACCAAAGAUGCACACAUCUUCAAGAUUAUUACGACGCAGUCAAACAAAGCGCAGACCUAGAUAUGAGCGCAGUCCAGUCCAUGAUCGUUUCCCGCCUGUCACUCAGCUUCCUCUACCAAACAAUCCACUAUUGUAUCAAUGGACGCGGCGCGGCAGCCCUGCGCGCUACCGAAGCUGCGGCUGAAGCUGUAUCACUUCCUUUACCAAAAGACCAGUGGAUGAUUGAAGUCCGGUCCUGGUUCGAUACUGGACUGGCAUUGCUGCAACAAUCAGUCAUGCAGUAUGCUGCAGGACCACCAAAUGUUGUUGGAGCAUCAUAUAUCAGCAGACCCGCGGAUGCAAUCUGGCAGAUGAUGUGCGACAAUCAAAUAGUCCGCUCACCUGGCAACACUACGAAUUUCUCAACGCUAGGUGUAGUCAUUAUCCUAUCCAUAGGCGGCAUUCUCAUUGUCUUGAGCCUCAGCCUUGACACAAUGAUCGGAUACAUUCAGCAAAGGUGGAAUUAUCGUGACUAUCAACGCGUCCAAUGGGCUCUCAACGACAAACUCCAGCUCCAGCGGCUGGCGUAUGAGGGAGCAGGUAUGGGUACUUGGUCAGGCAAAACCGCAAUCGUGCCAGUAACGAAAUCGGGAGAGAGGUUUCGCAUACCCACUGAUCUCGUUUCACGUCACUUCAGCCCCGAUGGAUCUCCUGAAUUGAGCAGCAUACAGGAUUCUAGUGUUACCAACGUGGACAUUAGUGAGCAAGGUCAAUCACUCAUGAGCGAGAGAAGCGGUGACGAGGAGACCGCAGAGGUCUUUCCCGGGAUCAUGGAUGAUAUCUCCACAAUCAUUUCAAGGCAUUCCGAAUGCCAAAGGCAGCCUAGGAUACCAGAACCUGGGACAGCAUUAUCAUAA